GUGGCAGCAGUACAGAUCAAGACGGAUGUCAUUGUGCGUUGAAACAAGGAGAAGAAGAGCUGUAAGCCUCCUCGUUCAUUCCACCAGCAGCAACAAGAAGAUUUAAAAGAUUUGAAUUUCUCCUCGACGCUUCUCACUGAGGCAGAAUGCCUCGUUUCGCUCAGCUGGUGAUGGGCCCGGCGGGCAGCGGUAAGAGUACCUACUGCUCCACCAUGAUCCAGCACUCAGAGUCCAUAAACCGCUCAGUUCAGGUGGUCAACCUGGACCCAGCAGCUGAGCACUUUGACUACCCUGUCAUGGCAGACAUCCGUGAGCUCAUCCAGGUGGAUGACGUGAUGGAGGACGAUUCUCUCAGAUUCGGCCCAAACGGUGGCCUCGUCUUCUGCAUGGAGUACUUAGCCAACAACUUCGACUGGCUGGAGGAGAGCUUGGGUCACGUGGAAGAUGACUACAUAUUGUUUGACUGCCCAGGUCAGAUUGAACUGUACACACACCUCCCUGUAAUGAAGCAGCUGGUGGAGCGGCUUCAGCAGUGGGAGUUUCGGGUGUGCGGGGUCUUUCUGGUUGACUCCCAGUUCAUGGUGGAGUCUUUUAAAUUUAUCUCUGGAGUCAUGGCCGCCCUGAGUGCCAUGGUGUUAUUGGAGAUUCCUCAAGUAAAUAUAAUGACUAAAAUGGACCUGCUCAGUCCAAAGGCAAAGAAGGAAAUAGAAAAAUACCUGGACCCAGAUAUGUACGCGAUGAUGGAAGACGCCUCCGACACCAUCAGAUGCACAAAGUUCAAGAAGCUGACUCAAGCCAUCUGUGGCCUUAUUGAUGACUACAGCAUGGUGAGGUUCCUGCCUUUUGACCGCACAGACGAGGAAGGUGUUAACAUAGUGCUGCAAAACAUCGACUUCUCUAUACAGUACGGAGAGGACCUGGAGCUCAAGGAGCCAAAGGAGACUGAGGAGGAGCCCGCUAACCUAAACUUUGAUGAGAUUUUUCAAGGCAAAGCGGACAGCUGAGGAGAAACGCCACUCCAGAGCUGCUGGAGUAUUAGUGCCAUGUUGAAGAAAAAAAUAAUUCUGAGAUUUUGCGAAUUAUGUUCUAAAAGGGUAAAGUCAAAAUAUCACAAGAAUAAAGUCAUAAUUUGUGCAAGUGGAUCAUGAAAUUAUUUUUUUUCUGGUAAUAUUAUGACUUUCUUCUCUAAAUCUCAGAUUUAUAAUACUUAAGUAAAACAUCAUAAAAGAGCAAGAUUCACUGCAUCAAGCCCAGGUGGAGAAUGGCACGCCCACAGAGACAAUGGACAAAAACAGAAUAUAAAGAGAAAACUAAUAUCUUAUGUCAUAUAUAUUUAAAAGGGUUUUGUCUUCGUGAGCCACUUUGACGACUCUAGAAAUGUGUGAUUUGAAUUCACUGAUGCUGAAGAGUUGUUGUUAAAUGUGUUUCUAUUUUGGAAUAAAAUAAUCCA